AUGGCUGUGGGAGCAAUCCUAAGGAACUCCAACUCCAGGCGUGUGCUCGGUAUUACGACCCCUUACCCUGUCUACAGCUCUUGCAGCCGAGGGCCUGUGAUCUGGAGAACAGGGUUCUGUGGGCUGGAUGCGUUGCGGUCAUCCACCGAUGGGAGGGAUCCUGGGGCUUUGGGGCUCUUGUCGCGAUCCAUGGCGACCUUUACGCGGACGUAAGUGGGAGAAGGGAAGCUUGAUGGAAAUGUGUACUAUUCGCUUCCUCAUUUCAUGUGGCUUUGUUUCGCGUUGUGAGGUUUCACGUUCGGAGGUUGUUGUCGGAAUAGUCUUUACAAGUUUUUUUUCUUUUGAUGCUUGUCUCUUACGUGUGUCAUUGUAUCGGAUCAUACUUUUUUCACCGACAGUGCAUAGUUUGCUUCGAUUCCAUGCAAGUUUGAGAAGUUUAAUAUGGCCUCCUUUCUUAAUCCCUCAUUGGCAAAUUAAGGGUUCAUAGUGUAGGAUUGCAUUCUUCUUUACUUGUUACUUUUUUCACAGUCGCAUUCUCCGUUUCAAAUGUUUGUUUUCUUCUAAGUUCCGCCAAGAAUGUUUUUCCUGAAAGUCCAGGAUCCCCUGGUGUGAGGAACGACUACUUUUCCUUUAUUCACUUCAGUGCUCUAGUUGGAUUCCACUUCAUAAAUGGAAGACGUUGAAUAUUUGCAAGGGAUUAGAAUCUCUGGAAGAAUAACUGUCAGAAGUUUUGCGCUUUAUACAGAAAACAUUGGUUAUAUACGAUGUCUAGCCUAAAUAUAGCAGUUCGUUCUGUGUUGAAUUUUUUGAUGUCCUUUUUUCUAGAAGACAACCUCUUGGAUGGUUUCUUUUAGCGGGAGAUACGUUGUUGGUAGAGAUAAAUCAUUUCACAUUAAUGGGUUUAUACUUACAUCGAUUAAUUGUGGCGCCAGGAAACCCCAUGUAAAUGUUGGGACUAUUGGACAUGUUGAUCACGGGAAAACCACCCUUACGGCAGCCAUUACAAAGGUUAAAAUUUCUUUUGUUGUAUAAGUUUGAUCAUCAUCUCUGGUUUCUAAUUUAUUCUGUUGCAUAAAUUUAUUUCUUUCAAAUGAGUUGCUGUGUGAUUCUCUCAUUCUAGGUUCUAGCAGAAGAGGGUAAAGCGAAAGCAGUGGCAUUUGAUGAGAUUGACAAGGCCCCUGAGGAGAAGGCUAGAGGAAUUACCAUUGCUACUGUGAGGAAUCUUUUGAGCUUCCCUUGGCAACUGACUAAAAUUCAUUUUUUUCCGAAGAGUUCUAAUCUCAUUCUGCCAAUGAUGGCUAUAACUGCCUGUUUAAUUGCAGGCCCAUGUGGAAUAUGAGACAGCAACACGACACUAUGCCCAUGUGGAUUGUCCAGGACAUGCAGAUUAUGUUAAAGUAAGCUGUCACAUGUCUACAUUUCCUAGGCAAACAUAAAAAAUAUGUAGACGAUGUAUAACAUGCUAUGAUGAAUGUGCUAUCCUUCCUAGGACAUUCAGUUUAAUAUGAAUAAAUAACUACCGAACCAUUGCGUUCUUUUAUCCAAUAUUGCCUUUUGAAUUCCAGAGUCACCCUAGCAGAAUUUUGUUUUUGAGAUUCCAAAGUCUUUUGAUUUCAUUAAACAUGAAAUGUAGCUCGAAUGUUUAGUAUUAAACAUGACAGAUAAUGUAGCUCGAAUGUUUUAUGCCGGUGAGCUUUUAGAUUCAUUAAUAAGAUUCAUUUGCAUUAUUAAAAGGCCAAAAACAGGGGUGUGAAGACAUCAGACUACCACUUGGAAUUGUGUAGCCAAUGAUGUUUCUCUCUAAACUCAGUUAUGCAUACUGCUACAUCGUAUCCUAAAAAAUACGUUCUCAUACCAGAAAAUGGGGUUAAAUAGUCCUUAAUGUUGGGUGUAUUACAUGAAAUUAUUAUCAGAUUGAUAAUUUCCUUUUUUCCUUUAUGUCAUUUGUUUGGGGCCUUACGUCUUUUGAUACAAAAGUGAAAGCUUUGAAGUAAUAAAGGACAUUUCUUUUAAAUUUUUCAUGGGGAUUUGGUUAUAGUUUGAAAUUCGUUUGCUUUAUUAAAAUAAUAAUUAAUUUAUAAUAAAAUGAAUGGAAUACCUAAUGUCAAGUUUUAUGAAAUUAUAAAACUUAAUAUUACAAAACUCAUGAGGUAUUUUUAGUUCAUUAAUCAAUCCAUCAUGUUGUUGAAAAUCAUCAUUUACUUGUAGUUCAUUCUAUUUUCCUCACUGAGAAGAAUAUUUUCAUCUCUUAUUGUAGUCAGUUCGGACUUUCCAGGUUUGAAUGAAUAAACUUAGUAUGUCUUUUUGUUGGCUCAGCCAAAAAAAUUCACACGAGUCUUAAAGGACGCGAAAAAACAAGAAAAUGCACACAAGUCAUAGAUCCAAACCCCCAUGGCUUAAAAAAUCAUGUUACGACUUUGAUCAUAUGACCAGCAGUGGUGAGUAAUGAUCGUAAGUCUACUUUUCUGUCGUCUUCCUGGAAGGCAAAAUUAGCAGAUAUAUCUUUCGUAGAUAUGGUUAAAUAUGAGACAUAUCGAUCAUGUUUUGAAAAUUUAAUGAUUGUUUUUCUGUCUAAUUGCAUCAGAUGACGACUUUCCUUUUUUGGUUCGGAAGCUCAUGAAUGUUAAAAAGUGCAUUACUGAUUAGAGAAUUGUAGAAGAAAGUUGAUGAUUAUGGUGACCCUCGUCUAAUGCCUUGAUUUUACCAGAGAAGUCGAACAUCUUAAAAUUCUAUAAUGCAGUGCCACACAGGAGAUAGGAACUUUGCCGAGAGCAAAAGAGAAUGAAUACAUGAAAAUGAAAAAUAAAGGAAACUCAAGUCGCGGAAGUUUCUGGAAAAGGAUUGUGGAAGUGAUUCUGUGUUUAUUCUGUUUAAUGUAUAUCAUUACAUUGUGCUGACGCAAGUAGAAAAUAUUUUUAUAGGCUCAAUAGAACUACAUGGAUAAAGUUAGAUUUCUACCUGAGAUCAUUGUAUAUCCUCUUUCACGUUUUAUGAACUUAUCUUUUGCCUAAGGUUUCAAAUAUCGAAUUUCUUCCUCAGUUUUAAGAGAAGAUCGAUUUGUUGUUUGACAGGUUCAGCAAUUUAAGUCUCUAGAAAGAGUAUUGUAAAAGUUACGAACCAGAAUAAAGGCAAAUAACGAAAUUGCGUAUUUUAUGGACUUAGGUAUAUACUUUCACGUUAAUUGACCACCAAAACCUUUGAUUUAUGGACGUGCACCGUCACAUAUGGAUGAAGAUUUUUAUGAGUGUUUAAUUUAGAUUCGUUAACUUUUAUUUGACAUAAAGUUUUCUAAUACUUAUCAUUGUAUAUGCUGUGGAUAAAGAAUGCAUUUCUUGAGUUUCCACCUGUCUGAUCAUCCACGUCUCAAUUUUUCAGUAUUCUUAUGGCAGUGAACUCUGAAAUAAUAUUCGGUCAUGUCGACACAUGUGAGAUAACUAAAAAAUUGUUAACCCUGCAAUAUUCAGCAUCUAAUUACUCUGUUUUGCAAUGCGCAAAUCUUGUUCUUUUUUGGUUCGUAUUUUAAUGUUACUCGUACACAAGUAAAAGCUGUAAGCAUCAUAUCUAACUAGUGGUCUUUUAAUUGUGAUGUCCUAAAGAAAUUCUUUGAAUUAUAGAACAUGAUUACUGGAGCUGCACAAAUGGACGGGGGUAUUCUUGUUGUUUCUGCACCAGAUGGACCAAUGCCACAAACAAAGGAACACAUUCUGCUUGCUCGCCAGGUAGUGGGUGUACAAUGGUACAUGAAUUGUAGUUCCCUAAUUAAUUGUAGAAAGUGGUUUUAUUUUUUCUAGAUUUUGUAGGUUGGUGUUCCUUCGUUGGUCUGUUUUCUAAAUAAAGUUGAUGCUGUCGAUGAUCCGGAACUUCUAGAGCUUGUUGAAAUGGAACUUCGUGGUAUGUUUUGUAGUCACGGUCGUGGUGUAUAUUUUCAUUAGAUUUGAUAAACGUUGUUGAGAUAUGAAAUUAUGCUUUUUCAGAGCUCCUUAGCUUCUAUAAAUUUCCUGGGGACGAGAUUCCCAUCAUUCGAGGUUCAGCUUUGUCUGCCUUGGAGGGUACAAACGAAGAAAUAGGGAGAAAGUCUAUCCUCAAGUUAAUGGAUGCUGUGGAUGCUUACAUUCCAGAGCCUGUACGCCAGCUUGACAAGCCUUUCCUAAUGCCAAUUGAGGACGUUUUCUCUAUUCAGGUCAGUCGGUAGUAACAUUUAAGCACUUGAUUUUAGAAAAAGCACGUUGUUAUCUUGUGCACGUAGCAAAUCCAUGGGAAAUUUCCAACUUGGUAGUCAUCAUUUAUGUUUUCAAAGUAAUAUCUUGCUACUCUUUCUUUGGCCACUGGAAUUUUGGGAAUCCUCUUGUAUGAUACAAAUAAUCUGAUAGAUUGUGGAGUACUCAUCUAAUACAUCUGGUGUUCUUAGCAAAAUAUUGUCUAAAAUGUCAUUUAUGUAAAUUAUAAUGCUCAUGGAUUCGCGUGAACGUGACUAUAGUAUGAUUCAUAGUAUGGUAUGGAACUUUAAUGAUCUUUAAUAAAAUCUUCAAUUUGAUUUCAAUUCAGGUCACUAUUUAUGCAGUUCAAUAUUUAUAUUUGAUUUUGGAUAUUUUCUUGACAGUCUUAUGUUUUGACAAAAAAAAAUCAUACCUAAGCCAGCUGCUCUCAAUAGUCGUAACUAAAAGUGAAAAAGGAAGAACAAGAAUAACAGGCAGAGAACAUUGAGCAGUGUGGAUGCUCCUAUUGCUUCUUGUGAUUGUUAUAAGUUGGAGAUCCUUCUAUUGCUUCAUCUUCUGUCGGUGGCGGGACAGCUCUCUGGUGAAACAUUAUUUUUCUAUCUUUUUCUUCCCCUCCAUCAUUUGCUGGGCAUCAUUUUUUAUGGUCGUUUUAUGCUGUUUUACCCUUUCUUCACUAUCAUCUCCUUUUUUAGUUGGUCAUCGUGGUUCCUUUGUUUUCUAUUCGUUUUUGUCUCUCUUUCUUUCCUUUAACCCCCCCCCCCCCUCUCUCUCUCUCUCUCUCUUUCUUCCAUUUGUCAACAACUAUUUUGGCAAAUAUUUUUGUCAUUUCUCUUCCACUUCUGUCGUCUUGUUUGAUUUUGGCUUGGAAUGACAUACCUAGAUUUCUUUUUUGGUUUUGAUUUAUGGCCUGUUUCAAGCUUCUCAUAUUUUCAUUAGUUCAGCCAGUUUUAUGGUGUUCAUUAUUUUUUUUUCUUGUGGCCAUUAUUUGCCAAAUCAUUGUGAGUAAUCAAUAUUCCUUAUUUGAUCCAAGUUUGAAACGCUGCUCGUUGCUGAUAUGGGAAUUGAUUGUCUGGAGCUUUUUGUGUAUUAAAUAAAGUGAGGAUCUAUCACCCUGUGAUUUCCCUACCUAGGAUUGUUGAUGCCCUUCUAGAAGUUCCUCCUUCAGAUGUCACAGUUUUAGUUAUUUUCAUUCAGAAACUUUUAUGUCUACAACAUGGGUUGAAGACAGGCUAGGUAUCAGUCUUGAACUCGCGCUAGGAUCUUGGCCAUAUAAAACCCCGCAGAUACUGUCCAUCGUUGUUUUGUUUAGAUAUAGCUAUUUAUGUCCUAAGUGGUUCAGUUAUUACGUCUCUUGUUGAAUGGCUUAGUUAUUUCUUUCUGAUUUCCCUGUAGCCACACUGAUUGAUGUUUUGCUGAACCUGGGUAAUAAAUGACUGUGAUUUUUCUCCUCUUGUGAGUGUUUUCUCUGUAGCAACUCUUUAUUUCAACUACUUUAGCAUGCUUUGCUUGACUUUGAUGUUGAGUAAUUAUUUUAUCCUUUUCGUAAGUCUAUCUUGGAGUUAGAUUUGUAUAAUUGGUUUUCCCCUAUCUUUUGUACAGGGACGCGGAACUGUUGUAACUGGCCGUGUUGAACAAGGAAAAAUCAAAGUUGGAGAAGAUGUUGAGAUCCUAGGAUUAACACAGGUGCGGUUCACAAUUAUAAUCACCAUCCUUACAAGCCUCUAGGUUCAUCCUUCGUCAAUCAGAGAUUAUCCAAAUGAGGAUAGAAUUGUUGCAAUAAUUUAGUAUGAGAAAUGAGGAUAAGUGCUGGUGCAAUAAUAAUAAUCAUCAUCCUUUGUAGCUGUGCGGUAGUUUAUGCAAUCAUCUUAUGCACGUUGGAAUUUAUGCAAAGUGAGGAUAGUUGACUGAUAGUAAUGUUGGAAUAAUUGAUUUUACAAUUAUUUGUCAUAAUUUGAUUAUCGCAUUCAUUUCUAUUAUUGCAGAGUGGUCCUCUGAAGACAACUGUUACUGGUGUGGAGAUGUUUAAAAAGAUUUUGGAUUAUGGACAGGCAUGCUUUUUCCUGUUGUUGCCUUUUUAACUUUUUUAGCGUUUAUGCCAUCAGUGUAUGACUGGAGCCCCCUUUUGAUUAGGCUGGUGACAAUGUGGGCCUUCUUCUACGUGGUCUUAAGCGUGGAGACGUGCAACGAGGACAGGUUUGUCAUUGACCUGAGUGUCUCUUGAGGAAUGGGUUUAUUCAACGUUGACUUUGUUGUUUUUUGGGUUGACAUCAGUUCUGGUUCGUUUCCCAUAAUGUUUAUAAUUACCUGAGCUUGAAAGCAUCUACUUCAAUAUCAUGAAGCUCAUUAAGAUUAUCUUUCUUUCCUAUUAAAGAUGGUUUCCUCAUUUUUACUUUCCAAUCGAAAUUGCAGGUGGUCUGUAAACCUGCUAGUUUGAAAGCCUACAAGAGAUUUGAGGCAGAGAUUUAUGUGCUCACAAAAGAUGAAGGUGGUCGCCAUACGGCUUUCUUCUCCAAUUACAUGCCUCAGUUUUACAUGAGGACAGCAGAUAUCACUGGGAAGGUUGAAUUGCCAGAAAAUGUGAAGAUGGUUAUGCCUGGUGAUAAUGUGACUGCAGUUUUCGAGUUAAUAUCAGCUGUUCCACUUGAAGCCGGUAAUGCUUCCAACUUUGACCUAACUGAAAGAUUGUGUAUGCAUAUAUGCAUGGUUCUGUACCACGUUUUCUGAAAAUUCAGCUUGUGCAUUCUACAUUGAGUACAUCAAGCUUGUUGAACAGUAAUCAUCCUUGAGGACUUAAUAUAGCUAUAGUGGUUGCUUUCAGUGAAUGACUUAAAUUCAACCUUCACCAGUUCCAACUUGGGGCAAACAAGACUAUCAUUUAGUAUUUUCCCUGUGCUGCAUUAUUCUCUCAUGACUGCUGGCAAAAUUAUGUUCGUUUUUCCAAGGUUAUCUUGAAUCAUCAUUUAAUGACUUUUGACAUAAUCUCCAAGCACUGCCGCAUUUCUCUGAUACAUAGUUUUCCGUAUUUUUCAUCUCUUCCUGCUAGCCAACACGAUUCUCUUUCUAUGUGAAUUUUUCCUUGCACUACUCUUUCCAUAGUCAUUGUUUAGCUUCUCUUCAAUGACUAUGAUAAGGUAUCCAAUGAUCUAAUAGACAUUUGUGAUCAAAUAUGAAACUUGCACCUACCCCUCUGAAUCUAAAGAGGAGCGUGUCCCAUUUCCUUUAUGGGAAAAUUGCUUGAUAAACCUGUAAUCUUAGCAACUGAAUAUUACGUCAAACCCACCCUGAAAGAAGAGGGACAAAAGCAAGAAUUGACAAUUCCCAAAAUGAAAGUACAAGGGAACAGUAUAAUAUGCCAAAUACUUUGUGAGUGUCCUUUAAAUUGACUGUCCUUACUUUGUGAAUGAACUGAAAUAGUUCUUACUUUGUGACUGUCCUUUUUGGAGUUUUCGGCAAAUUGCAUCGUUUGCUUCAAGUUCUUGCAUCAUCUUCUUGUAGGACAAAGAUUUGCAUUGCGAGAAGGAGGGAGGACAGUUGGUGCUGGAGUUGUUUCCAAAGUGAUCAGCUGA